CUCUCUCUCUCUCGAUUUUAUUUUUAUUUUUUUUCUUUCUUCCUUUCUUCUUCGCUGGAUCGAAAAACAAGCUCUGCUUUCGAUUCGUGUUCAAUCAUCUCUCUCGCACUCUCACCGGGAUUUCUCGCUGUUUGGAUCUUCGCGGGCUGAUUGGAUCAGGGGGAAAAAAUGAGAGACGGCUAUGCAUGGGAGGAAGAAAGGUCAUCGUCGUCUGCUUAUGUUUAAACCUCCUUCCCGUCUAAUCUCAACCGUCGUGGAGGCUUCUUCUUCUUCUCCUUCGUCUCUAUCUCUUUCUUCACCUUCUUCGUUCUCUAAGGACGGGCGGAGGAUUAGUGUUGGUGACUGUGCUCUGUUUAAGCCGCCUCAGGAUUAUUGCCCACCGUUUAUAGGUUUGAUCCGUUUGCUGGUUCCUGAGAAAGAAGGUAGCAGCUUUAAGGUUCGUGUGAAUUGGCUUUAUCGACCCAGUGAGUUAAAGCUUGGCAAAGGCAGAGGCGUCCUCUUGGAGGCUCAGCCUAACGAAGUAUUUUAUUCCUUUCACGAGGAUGAGAUACCGGCUGCUUCUUUGCUUCAUCCGUGUAAAGUUACUUUUCUCCCCAAAGGCGUUGAACUCCCAUCUGGAAUCUCUUCGUUUGUUUGCUGGAGGGUUUAUGAUGUUAUGAAUGAGUCUGUUUGGUGGCUCACUGAUCAAGAUUAUAUCGAUGAACGUCAACAAGAAGUAGAUAAGUUAUUGUGUAAGAAGACUCUACAGCAGUGUGGUUGUUCUCCUAGGUUAACAACGUCUCAAGUAAAAACAGGAACAGAAGGUAUGCAGAACAGUAGCUCCUCUUCUUCACAGGGUAAGGGGAGGAAGAGAGAGCGUGGUGAUCAGGGUUCUGAGUCUGUGAAAAGGGAACGUCCGAGUCGGACUGAUGAUAGCGGUUCUGGUUUUGCAAGAAGAGAAAGCAGUUUGAAAUCUGAGAUUGCGAAAAUUACUGAGAGAGGCAGGCUAGUGGAUUCUGAAGGGGUUGAGAAACUGGUACAGCUCAUGCUACCUGAGAAGAACGAGAAGAAGACAGAUUUGACUGGGCGAUCCAUUCUUGCGGGGGCUGUAGCAGCAACAGACAAGUUUGAUUGUCUCAGUCGUUUUGUGCAGCUGAGGGGUUUGUCUGUUUUCGAUGAGUGGCUACAGGAAGUUCAUAAAAGGAAAAUUGGGGAUGGGAGCAGUCCCAAAGACAAUGAAAGAUCAGUGGACGAUUUUCUUUUGAUUUUACUACGUGCUCUUGACAAGCUGCCUGUGAAUCUCAAUGCGCUUCAGACUUGCAACAUUGGUAAGUCUGUUAAUCGUUUGCGAUCACAUAAGAACUCGGAAAUCGGGAAAAAAGCAAGGAGCUUGGUUGAUACAUGGAAGAAACGUGUUGAGGCAGAAAUGGAUGCCAAGCCUGGAAGACCUCGUCAGUCUGAAGUUUCCCAUGGCAGUAGACAUUCGGUUGUAUCCUUUGACGCAACCAAGACAUCAGUAUCUCAUCUACAUCCUUUUAAGUCCGUGUCUGGUAUUUCAGAUACAAGCGUGAAGUCUGCAACCACCUCUCCAAGUUCUACUAAAUCAGCCCCAUCACCUGGAACAGGUGUUGCUGUUGUUAAUGUUGCGCAGCAAAGAAAUACUGGUGCUCUCCAUGCAGAAGUUGGGUUGACCAGGAGCAUCUCAUCACAAAGAACUGUAACUAUUGAGAAAGCUGAAGGUUGUAGCAAUAAGUUGAUGGUGAAGCUGCCUAAAUGUGGUGAACGUAGUGAUGAGCACGAGAAGGCUGUUAAUGAGUCUAGUAAAAUAGAAGAUAUUGUCAAGCCCACGUCUCCUACCUUAGGAGAUGAUGUCAGAACUGGAAAAGGGCAUGGUGAAUCACACAGCUUAAUGAAUGCUUUGAUUGAAAGUUGUGUCAGGGACUCUGAGGCGAAUGCAUGUGUGGCUGGUGCAGAUGAUGUUGGAAUGAAUCUUCUAGCUACUGUUGCUGCUGAUGAAAUGUCCAAAUCCCCUGUUGCAUCACCCUCGGUAUCUCGGGUUUCAGAUUCUGCGGAUGGCUUGCCUAGCGAGCAAGCUGAGAAUGUGAAUCCCACAAUUGUUGAACAUGUCAGCAGUAGUGGCGAGCAGUUGCCCGUUGUAGAGAAUGUGAAUGAUUCUAAGCCGGGAGAUCUUGAUGAGAACUCCGAUUCAGAAAUCGAAGAGUUGCAAAGAUUGGUGGAUCAGUGCCUAGAAAGCAAUGAAAAUUCGGAUGAUAUUGCUCCAACCGCUGGGCACACAUCAGGUAUUGGGGAAAACAUUUCUGAUGAUGGUGAUAGUGGGGCAGUUAGUGACCUAAAGACUGAGGAGAUAUCAGAGACAGAUCGAGUGGCAGAUACAGUGAUGAGGACAGGAAACUCUUCCUUACGUAUAUGUAAAACCGUUGGCAUAAGUCAAAAUGCAGAUUCUUUGACUGCUCAAGAUUCGCACUUGGAGGGUGUUGGUGGUGCUCAGGUGGAGGAUAAACCAAAGGUGAUAUUGAGUUCUGAGCAAAUGGGUGCAGUGGUAUCAUUUUUGUCAGAGUUUGCCAAGGAUAGGAAUACUGAAAAUAUUGAUAGAUCGAUGCCAGAGAAAUUGUCUGAUGAUAAUGAUUGUGGUGGAACAGCUAACGAUCGAAAGGCUGCUUGUACAUCAGUGGAAACUUCUGCGCCAGCUGAAUGUAAAGCCAUCGUAUUAUGUCCCAAAGUAGAUUCCUUGGCCGUUGCAAAUUCACACUCUGAUGUAGUAGGUGAUAACAAGAAUGAGCAGAAACCCCCUGUAGUCUUGAGUUCUGAGUUGGUUAAAGAAAUGAGGGAAGAUGGAACAGUUUCGUCUGGGUUCUCCAAGGGUGUGGCUGCGCAAAAGAUCGACGUGGGGAUUAAUCAUGUGAACCAAACAGAUAAAAAGAACAAGCCUGUGACAGCUCAUCUGGACUCAUCUAUAAUUAAGAAUGAAGUUGAGCAUGUGGAGGCGUCUCUAAAGAGUUCUGAAGUCGGAAAACAGUGCGCCGCGACAACAUUUGCUGAUGGGCAUGAAACAGAGGAAUGUACCUCUGUUGCCAAAGCUGUUGCUUCAGUUUCAGCUUUUGCAGGGUCAGAGCUGGAAGCCGGAGUUAAAUUUGACCUGAAUGAAGCUUUCAAUGGGGAUGACACACGAAAGGAGAAUUCAAGCAACUUCUCUGGAUCGUUGUCUUUGACAUCUACUCCUUUACAACCCAGUCUACUUCCUGCAUCCAUUACAGUUGCUGCCGCUGCAAAGGGUGCUUUUGUUCCGCGUGAAGAUCUGUUGAGAAAUAAAGCAACUGUUGGCUGGAGAGGAUCUGCUGCCACUAGCGCCUUCCGGCCAGCUGAGCCAAGAAAGGUCCAAGAGGUGGCUUCCUGUGAGGCUUCCACAACCGCUGGCAAGCAAACAAAGACAUUCUUGGACUUCGACCUAAAUGUACCGGAUGAAAGAGUUCUUGAAGAUCUACCUUCCCAAAGAUUUGCCAAUCCCACAAAUCCCUCCGGUGGACUGGAUCUUGAUCUAAACAGACUUGAUGAUCCAGCUGAUAUGAAUAAUCAUACAAUAAGCAGUGGUCACCGGGUGAAUUCAACUUUUCAACAGGCAAACUUAUCUUCUGGUGGUAGUAGGGACUUUGAUUUAAACGAUGGACCUGCAGUUGAUGAUGUUAUCGUUGAAUCAUCUCUGGGUUUUAGUCAAAAUUCCCGCAGUGCACAGCCAAUGAUCAGUGGAAUAAGACCUGGCUUCUCAUCUUGGUUUCCUGCUGUUAACAAUUAUUCAGCAAUGAGUAUUCCUCAAGUCUUGCCUGAACGAGGCAAUGGACCGCAGAGAAUGGUUGGUCAUACAUCUGAAGCUUCAUCAUAUACACCUGAUAUGUACAGAGGCCCUGUUUUACUGUCUUCUCCGGCAGUUUCAUUCCCACCCACAGCAUUUCAGUAUCCUGGGUUUCCUUUUGGAACCACCUAUCCUAUUUCCUCAGCAAACUUUUCAGGUGCUUCAACACCAUACAUGGACUCUUCAUCAAGUGGCAGGCUAUGCUUCCCUCCUGUCAACUCUCAAAUAUUGGGUCCAGGAGUUCCCAUCCCUUCUAACUACCCAAGGCCUUAUGUUGUUAACCUCCCAAACGGUAACAGCAAUGGUGGAGUUUCGGACAGCAACAAUGCAAAAUGGUUUAGAUCUGGUCUUGACUUAAACUCUGGACCAGUAGGGCAUGAAACUGAUGAAGCAGCAGCACUUGUACAAAGACAACUAUCUUCCUCUAGUUCUUUACCUUUGAGAGAUGAAGCAAGAAUGUAUCAAAUGUCAGGUGGUACUCUUAAGAGGAAGGAACCAGAUGGUGGGUGGGAUGGAGGAGGAUAUAAGUAAUCCUUAUGGCAAAUAACAAACCUGUGA